AUGUCUACCAGUAACCCUUUCGCGGCGUUGUUAGAUCCUCGCGAUAUAACUGCUAAGCUUGCUGUCAUCCAGCCAGCUGCCGAAUGGGAUGACCCAAUUGACGUCACUCUUAUAGAGGCCGCUCUGAAGGAUACAUCGUAUGAAUGUAUUUCAUACGAUCGUUCCGGCGUUGAGCCCGUGCCCAUAAGGGAUGCCCCGCCACCGCCUCCCGCAAAUAGCAAAUUGACCGUCUCAAUCGAUGGCCAGGAACAGGAGAUUCCUCACCAACUCGAGAGCGCGCUGCGCAUGUUCCGACGCAAAGAGAGGCAGCGCACGGUAUGGGCCGAUGUCCUAGUGGGCCGCACCGUUGAGGAGCGCAGCGCCCAAGCUGACGUGCAGCGCUACGUAUUAGGCAAUGCGGAGCGAACGCUAUGCUGGCUGGGACCGGGCGACGGGGAAUCGACGACUAAGGCGUUUGAAACCAUUCACGAGAUGUCGCGCCGCUUCUGGGAUGCUUGUUGGCAGGUCGGAAUCCGCACGGAUAUGAGGCUGUCGCAGGCAACAUCGCAGCAGAUGACCGGAAUCCGGGAUAUUCUUUUCAAUUGCCCCUAUAACGAUCUGGAUUCUUUUAAUUUCCGCCACUGGGAUUACAUUUACAGCAUCUUCGGGUCCCAGUACUGGUGCUCGGUACAAGGCAUCGCCGACAUCGUGCUGGCGAAGGCCCCUGUCGUCGUGUGUGGCCGGAGCAACAUCCCCUGGGACGCCUACAUCGCCGCCACGCGCGCCAUGCCCUACUACCAAGUCAAGUUCUUCCAGGUCCCCCUCUACCCCCGCGUGCUGAAGGGCUUGCAGAUCGCCAAUGAGAUCGAAAUCGCCGUGCGGAGGAAGCGCCUGGGCGAGGCUAUCGAGCUGCUGCCCAUGAUCCAGACCGCGCGCAACUGCGAGCCCAAGGACCCGAGAGACGCCGUGUUCGCGAUGAUCCACGUCGCGACGCCGUCCGCGCGCACCCAAUACCACAAGGCCGGCGCGCAGCCCCUGCCGAAGAUCGACUAUUCCAAGACCGCGCAGCAGCUGUUCACCGAAGUCGCGCGCUACUCCAUCCUCGAGCGCCAGGACCUGAUGCUGUGGUACAGCGAGCGUCCGCCGCGCACGAAACGCCUCCGCGGCCUGCCGAGCUGGGUCCCGGACUUCAGCGCCCCGCCGCCCUCGUGCAAGAGCAGCGCCUUCUUCAACCCGGACUCCGGCAUGCGGCUGUGGUGGGAAGCCGUUCCCGACCGCUGGAAGAAGCCCAUCUCCGUGUCGGCCGCCGACAACGCCGUGCGCCUACAGGUGCGCCCGCUCGACCGCGUCGCGCACGUGUCCUCCGUCUUCAACGCCGGCAACUUCCGACGGCUGUGCUUCGCCGAGUUCGCGAAGCUGUUGGCGGACCCGCUGCCCGCGCAUGCCGGCGAGACCCCGGCGCAGAGGACCGAGCGGUUCUGGCGCGCGCUCCUGCUCAACGGCAGCGGCCGGAUGGGCGCCACGAUGCGGGACACGGUGGCGCCGCCGGCCGCGCUUGGCGCGCACUUCGACAGCCUGGUCGCGGAGGAGAGCCUGCUGCAGGCGCUGGGCUGCACCCUGGCGACCCUGCGCACGCCCGAGAACGCGCAGCGCAUACAGAGCUCGGCGGAGCUCCGGGCGCUCGUGGCGCGCUGCGGUAGGGCGAAGCCGUUCGAGGACCUGCUCGCGAGCCACGCGCGCGGCAGGCGGUUCUUUCGCACGGCGGGGGGCAGGUUCGGGAUGACGGCCGUGGAGGACGUGGUAGCCGCCGACCCGGAAUUGCUGGGCAAGGAGCCGAAGGUGGAAGGGGGGAGCGGGGAUGGGGCUGGGGAUGAUGUGGCGGCGGGGUUGGGACGGUUGAUGGGCGAUCCGCUCGGGAACAUGAUGCUGCAGCAGUUCCAGCAGUACGUCGGUCAGCGGUCGCCGGAAGCGGCGCCGAUACUAGCGCAGGCCAUCCGGGGCGAGAUGCCGGGCCAAAGCGGCGGAAGUGCGGGAGAACAGCGGCGAACGGAUAUCGGCGUGCGGGAAGGCGAUAUCAUUGUCGCUGCUAUCGGGGGGUUCUUCCCAUAUAUCUUACGGCCUAAAGGGGAAGAAGAGGCUGGAGAAGGAACUAGUAGUUCUUCCGGGCCUGUCGAAGAAGACUCUUCGACGUAUGAGUUCGUCGGCGACUGCUAUUUGCACGGGGCGAUGGACGGAGAGGAUUUUCAUGCUGUGGAUGACCAGGGGGAAAGACAGAUUGCUAUAGAUUUAGCGAAGAUUGUUGAUAUUACGCUUGUAUAA